AUGACUCACUCCAUGUGGUUUAGAGAUUAAAUCCGGAAAAAUUUCAAUAUGGCUGGUGUACAGAAAAAACCCGACGAAUGGUAGAAGAGGCAGACGCAGGCAGCAGUAUGUCGGCAUUGGCCAUCCUGUCAUGCCGUCAGAACUCGCAUCCCUUUCAGGAGCGACAUAUGGCCCUAAUCGAGCCAAUCAAGAUUGGUCGCUCCGUAGCCCGGGCAAGGCCUGCCCCAAACAAUGGCAUCUUCGAUUGUAAGGUUCUGUCCAGGAACCAUGCCAUGUUCUGGUACGAGAAUGGAACUUUCUACCUCCAAGACACAAAGAGCAGCAAUGGUACAUUUGUCAAUGACCAACGUCUGUGUAAGGGAGGAGAGGAGAGCCCCCCGCGGGAAAUCUACUCUGGUGACCUUAUACAGUUUGGUGUCAACGUCAUGGAAAACAACAGACGAGGCGAGAAAAUCACCCACGGGUGUAUAAUAGCCACAGUGACACUCUUUCAUCCGGAUGGCAGGGAGGCAAAACCAGUCCUUUUCAAUGCCCCCACGCCAGGGAUCACCAUACAGUCCCAGGAGCUGUACAAGCUGGCCCAGUAUCUUCAGGAGGCUCUCCACAGGGAGAAGAUGCUGGAACAGAAGCUGUCCACUCUCCAGGAGCUUGUACAAAAUACUCAGGAAUCCUCCGAGGGGGGCUGGCAGGCCUUGAUAGAUGAGGACCGGCUGUUGUCCAGGCUGGAAGUCCUAGAAAACCAGCUCCAUGCUUACUCUAAAAAUCACACAGAAGACACAUUGAGGCAAGAGCUGGUCACUCUACAGGAGGAAAAACUCAACUAUGAAACUACAGCAAAAGAGUCGUUGAUGAAGGUCCUACAGGAGAAGAUUGAGGCUGUCACAAAGCUAGCAGACCUUGAGCGGUCCCUAACGAGGUCGGAGGAUGAGUGUGGCCACAUGAAGGACAUGUGUGAACACUUGCAAAUAGAGCUGCAACUCCUUGCGGAGAAAUAUCAGGACCAGCUCAAGGCUGUACAGGAUAUACAGAUACAGCUCAGUGACGCGGAAACAAAGCACCUUGAGGAAGUAGAGAAGGUGGAGAAGGAGAAACUAGACCUCAGUGAUAAACUCAACAACAUGAUCAAGGAAGAGGACACUCUCAGGGCUAAGAUUGAAUCAUUGGAGGCAGACAAGGACAUCUCUAACAAACAGCUCUCGGUGAUGAAGUCCAAGCUAAGUGUGGUCAGCGACGACCAGAAUGAGGAUGACAUCAAAAACAACCUCAAAUCUCUCGAAUCUGGCUCUGAAAUUGAUGUGUUGUCGUCUGUGAUAAUCCCGACCACAGGGGAAUCUGUGGACAAAGAUGAGAAGGACGCAACUCCAGAGGACAUUGAGGGGAAACUGCGUGACACUCAGCUGCAGAUACAAGAGUACAAGUUGAAAUUGGAGGACUCUGAGAAACAGCUGCAGGGAAGUGCAGAGAAGGUCGCUGAGCUACAGAGAGAGUUGGAGGAGUCCAAGCUGGAUUCACUGCAGUACGCUGCCAAAAUAGCUGCAUUGGAAGAUAAGUUAAAGCUGUCGGACUUACAUAUGAACCAAAUGUUGGAAAACACAAUGGAUGACUUAAAAUCUCAAAUAACAGAGAGUUCAAAACAGCAUACCAACAGUAGUGAUCUGAUAGCCAAUCUCAAAAGUCAGAUUUUUGAUCUGGAGGGCCAGAUGGUGGUCAACAAUAUCUCUCAGCCCGAGAGACUAGACACCACCCUCGUAUCUUCCUCCCUUGACACCAUCGACUCCGGCACACUCCGCUACAAACCUAGCCUUGAGGACUCCGAACUCGAAAAGCUUCUUCAAGAUGCCAGGGAGGUAUUGUACAAAACAGAAAUAGAUCUGGCAAAGACCAAAGAUGAGCUAGAGGCCAGCAAGGGGCAGGCGGGACAGUUAACGGAGGAAAACAGUGCCUUGAAGCUAGACCUGUCGUCUACCCAGGCCAGUCUGGCACAGCAGUCAGAGGCGGUUGUCAAUCUACAGGAACAAUUGCAACAGGCUGAAAACACAACGAAAGAUGUAAAGGACCAAAUAAGCCGGCUUCAUGGAGAACUUGAAGGGGAAAAGAAACUUUCAGCCGGGAAACAGGAGGAAAUCUCCAGUUUGAAAGCCAAUCUAGACCAAGAGCAGACAAAGCUUAAAUCCACGUUGGAAAGCCUUGAAAAGGUUAAAAGUGACCUGGAAGAAGAGAGGAGCCAGCAUAAAGCAACCAGGACCACACUCACUGAGGCCAAGAAAACACUGUCAGCAUCUCAGCAUGAUGCAAAAGAAGCAAAGAAUGAAGCCAAAAAGCUGGAAAAUAAACUUGACAAGCUAAGGCAUCGAGGUUCACCCGACAUAGAUAAACUGAAACGUGGACUCUCACCAGACAUAGAUAAACUAAAGCACCGGGGAUCGCCAGAAAUAGUUGAUGUCCGCAAGCGUGACUCCCCGGACCGGCGCUUGGUGGGCGCUCAUAGUAGAUACUCAUUUCAUGUAGGCGAUACAACCCCUUCCAGGCUUCCUAUCAGUAAACGGCAAGCCAAUGAGUUUCUUGCUUUGAAAGAUGAGUGCUCCGGCCUCAAGAAACGUAUUCAAGCCAUUGAAGCUGAAAUGAAAAUGUCUCGUAAGGAGAACUUGCAGCUGUCUGCAGAGUACAACAAGCUGCAGGAGUCGUAUAACAAGCUGGAGGCCAUGAAGGAACGACUGCAGGACAAGGAGGAAACCUGGAUGUCCAACCUGACGGACUCACAGAAGGAGACGGAGACCAGCAUGUCCGAGGUGAGGUUUCUCCCCUCCUCUUCCUCGGCCAACAACGCUACAGAUGACUUUUACAGGCAGCAGCUUUCCCGGGCACAGGAAGAAAUUUCCCGGCUGAAAAAGCGGUGCGAGGAUUGUGACCGGGAAAUUACUAAUCUGAAGGGUGAACUUAAGCGGGUCACAGGGAACUAUCAGCGUAUAGCAACCCGGAGCAAACUGCCAAGGAGAACAUAGUAUUAAAUGGAUAUCCUUUGCGUCGAGUAUACCUCUGUUGAUGUUGCUGUUUGCUGUAUUACUGGCCAUCUACCCAAGCCUAGUGUCACUGACAGGGGCGGCCACCUAAUGUUGACCCCGGGGAUGGGGACUAGGUGUGACCCUGAGAGUGUCAGGAAUAUAACUGUAUGUGCAUACCAUAUACCGUAUGGUCAUGUGAUUUGUGUCGGGUACUGAUCGCGAUGGGUGCUGUCUACAUGCUGAGGUUAUACGUAUACAAGCGUUCACUCUCUUCUCACAGUGACUGUUUGAAAAUGAUGUUUUUGAAAUCUUUUUGGAAGAAAAAUGUAUGUCAAGUCAUUUUCAGAACAGUUAUUUACAGGUGUUAAGUAAUAAAUGCCAUAACUGGCAAGCAUGUACUGGUUUAUACAUGUGUAUAUCUCUGUAAGUCUGGUAAGGACCAGUAGUGCAGCAUUGUUAAGUUUCGUUUUGUUAUAUUGUACUGGCUGUUUUGUAAGUCAUUGCUUUAUGAAUGGUUUGAAGCCACAAUUUAAAUUACCUUGACAAGUGUGAGUUAUAAUGUGGACCUUGUCCCCACAAGUUUUGUUUCUUUAACAUUUUGUUCGUUUUACUUACCUGGAAUCUGCAUGAAUGGUAGAUAUAUUUAAUUUGUAUUACUGCAGUGUAAUCAUAUUUUCUGAGUCCAUUUGUGGAGUUGAAUUUGCCAAACUUUGUCAUAAAAUUCCCAUUGCCAUUGGUAAACAUUAAGGUUUUCGUUGUCGGGGCUGUCUUUUGCUGUUUGGGAAUGAGCAAGGUGCCUUUCUAAAGGGGAAUAUUUUCAGUUGAAGAGAAUAUUGAAUAAAAGCAAUAAUACUUACUCCAUAAUAAAAUCACUUAUCUCAGAUGUAUUUUUGUGUCAUAUAAUAAAGAAUCAUACAAUUGAAUUCUAUCUAGGGACAGCAUAUUGCAGAAGAAAAUGCCCCUUUAUAUAUCUUGGUUAUUUUUUGCCAGGUUAUGGUCAUCUGUUUUUAUACUCCUGUCCAUAAAACGUGAGAUAGUAUAGUUUUACCUGUAGUAUACGGGCAGUGUCCUUAAUGUUGUCUGAUCAAUCACUGUGUCACCAAAUUCGGUCAGAGUGUACAUGGGCAUAAUACCUUGGGACAAGUUUAUAACCAGCCAUAUUGUUCGAAUAACUCAAAGAGUUAUCUUCCUUUAAUUACAAUUUUUGACCAGACAGCAUCUACAAUUUUCUCUCUCUAAAUUUGGUAAACAUUCAACCAAUUAGCACCAAACUUGGUGUUCUUAAAAUAGGUCAGGGGUAUUUUGCAACAGUUGGCAUUCCUGUUCUUCAUCAUAAGGCAAAUUAUGGGGAAAAUAUAUACUUUUAAGGUGGGAUUCUUGUACCAAAAAUCACUAGAAAGACAGCCCUCAUUGUUAAUGCUAUUUAUUUCCAUUUGGUUUGGUCAUGUAUCACUGUGGGACAUGAAUUUUUCAAGCUAUGUACAAAGUUCAUUCAGUUCUUCACCAUUGUUACAGUGCUUUCGUAUUGUGUUAUGUAGUUGCUUUAUACCUUGUUUAUGUUCUGAACAAUUGCUGAUGUUUGAAAGAUAUGGUAUCGAAUUCAAAUUUAUAAAGAAAUGAUGUUAAUUGAUAUUAUACAAUACAGAAUUGGAAACAA